AGCUAGCUUGGCGUUUGCCAGCACGCAUAGCGAUUGCGACUAUUGGCGAUUGUGUAGGUGUAGUGUGCCUGUCGAGGAACGAGAGCCUCAAGACCCGAGCGUCUUCAGAUAUGGAGGAGGCGGCGGUUGCACGGACGACCAGCGAGACCCAGGUGGGCGACCUGCCGGAGGUGUGCCUGGCGCAGGCCAUCGCGCGGACCUCCCCGCGCGACGCCUGCCGCUGCGCCGCCGUGUCCCCGGCCUUCCGCGCCGCCGCCGACUCCGACCAGGUCUGGCGCGCCUUCCUCCCCGAGCAGCUCGAGGCGGCUGAGGACCACUUGGACAGCCGCCGCGUGUCUCCGCCGUCGCAGGCGGCUCACCCAGCGGCGACCGUGCGCGGCCUCAGCAAGAAGGACGCCUACCUCAGCCUCUGCGACGCUGCCGGCGCCGUGGCCGUCGACGGCAGCGGGUGCAGGGUGUGGCUGGAGAGGGCCAGCGGCGCCACGUGCUACGCGCUGUCGGCUCGCAGGCUCAGCCUGCCCUGGGACGACGGCGAGUUCUCCUGGAGGUUCACGCACCACCCACGCUCCAGGUUCGCGGAGGUGGCGGAGCUGGUGGACUGCACGUGCCUGGACAUCUACGGGAGCCUGCCGCUGGCCGCGCUGACGCCGGCGACGGUCUACGCGGCGUUCCUGGUGUACGGCACCGCGCCGGAGGGGGCCUACCGCGGCCUGAGCUACCCGGACCAGGAGACGGCCGUGGCCGUGGGCGGGCGGGUCGUCGCGCGCCACGCCGUGUGCCUCCGCCCCGACGACGCCGAGGCGCGCAAGUUCAGGGGCCGCGGCGCCGGGGAGGAGGCGAGGAGGCCGAGCCUGCGGGCUGACGGGUGGGAGGAGAUGGAGAUGGGACGCCUGCGCACGCCGCCCGUGGAAAGCGGCGGCGGCGGCGGCGACGUCUGCGUGGUGCAGGCGAGCUUCGAGGUGCUCGGCUGGUACCCCAAGCGCGGCCUCGUCGUCGAGGGCAUCGAGUUCAGGGCCCUCCACGAUGCUUCAUGACUGGUUGAGAGUUGAGACCGCAUGAAUAUACGUUGUAAAUGAGAUGUAAACUCGAUUGGUAAAUUGUAACAAUCAUUUACAGUGUUCUUGAUAGGUAAAUUCAUCGGAGACAUGAUC